GUGAACAGAUUGCAAGCUAUUCGAUACAAUUUGUUAAUUUGGAAAUCGAUGCCAAACAAUAUAGGCAAACAAUAAUGGCGCGUAGUAAAAUUUGGAAAUAUUAUGAUAAAAUAGAUCUCCAGACAGCACAAUGUUUGCUCUGCGAAAAGAUAAUAAAGACCUGUGGCAAUACGUCCAAUCUGAUGAAACACAUGAAGACCCAUCCACAAAUCGAUGUCAAUGACCAUGACUCGAUUGUUGUUCGAGGCAUUCUCAAACGUGAGCCAAAUCCUAUUAAAAGCCGUGGACGAAAGCAACUUAAGUAUGCAUCCAUCAAAAUUAAAUCGGAGCCAAAGCGAGAAGUCGAUAAUGAUCAAGUUACCAACGAUAUGGAUGUGAACAUAAUCGAGCUGGUGGAUGCGGAAGCGACUGCAGCGGUCGACAGUGUAGCUAGUGAGGAGACGUAUGCCAAUUGGGCGACGGCGGCGGCAGAGACUGAAUCAGCCACGGAGACCGUAAGUGCAGAGGACAUUAUAGAAUUUGAGCCAAAGGAGGCAAACGAACAGAACGAUCAACGAUCAGUGUACCAAAUGCAAAGCGAAGAAGCGCAGCCAGAAAUGGAUCAUCUGAUUGCCAGUAACAAUGUUUAUCAGAACAGUUUAGCAUACUUUAUAUGCCACGACAAACAGCCGUUAAAUAUGAUAAAGGGCGAGGGGUUUAAGCGUUUAGUCCAAGUACUUUGUCCCACCUUCCGUUUACCCAGCUCUGAGCAGCUGGCUGCGCACAUUGGUCAAAGAGCACAAAUUCAAAUAGCGCAGUUGCGGCAGGUAUUUGCACAUGUGCAAAGCCUGUCACUGAGCUGCGCCAUUAACACAAAGUCCGAGCAACAAUUUAGCUACCUGGAGGUGGCUGCACACUAUAACGAAGGCCUGUAUCGACGCUCAAAAACAAUCUCUGUGCAAAUGCUACCCUUGCAGUAUAAUGCGAGCAACAUAGUGGAACGUUUGGAUCGCAUUUGCCAACGAUUUGACAUAGACAAAUCGAAAAUUGUUUGCAUUGUGAGCCGCAGUAAUCGUUUGAUGGAGAACGCGGUAGCCAUGUUGUUGGGUAGCCAACGGCAUGUGCCUUGUUUUGCCCAUCUGCUGGAACAGCUGUUCGAGUUGGUCGUACAGCGCCAUGAAUUCAGUGCUCUUUGCGACAAGGUGCGUCGCUGUCAGGGUCAACAAAUGGAGAAGAUAGAUGUGGCGGGAAGACCUUUAAGCAGCUACGAGAUGCUGGAACGCUAUGUGAAGCAAACGGCACAGCUGCAGAAACUGUUACCACCGGAUGCAUUGACAGGCGCUGAAUUAGAUUUGGCUGCAGAACUAAUAACAGUGCUGGCUCCACUAGCCAGUGCAAUGCGCCAAUUGUGUGGCACGAGUAUCUCCACAUAUCCCAGUGCCAGUAAUGCUUUACCUAUUGCCUAUACCGUGCUCAACGAAUUGAAGCAGCCAGAAAUCGCAGAGCAGCAGCAACAUCAAAUCUCCUAUGAUUUGCGUCUAUUUGUUAUCCGUUUGCUGGAGGAGCGCUUCGAGGUCAUGGAAAAUAAUACGCAGUUGGCUCUGUCUAGUCUAUUAGAUCCACGUUUCCGCAAUAUGCCGUUCCAGAGUGCAUCGUUGGUGGCCAAAUAUAUGACACAGCUGUAUGACCUGUAUGAGGAGAAGGGCGGGGUCAUACCUGUUGAAUCGAGUCAGGAAGCGAACACUGAUAACUACGAUAUAUGGGCAGCAUAUAGGGCCUUUUCUCAUGAGAAGCACAAGCACAUCAAUAUGAAUGGUGAGAGUGAGAAUAUGGAUGAGAUAUCCAGCUAUUUCUGUUCAAGCAUUAGCAGCCUACAGACGGAGCCACUGCUGUUGUGGAAGGAUCUCGUACAGUUUCAUCCAUUUUUGCAUAGCUUGGCUAAAAGGUAUUUGCAUAUACCGGCAUCGGCCUUACCACCGGCACGAAUAUUUACCGCCGGUGGAGAAGAAACAAUAGCUCAACAUGAAAAAUUCUUGGACGAGCAGCUGAGCAAUAUGGUUUUAAUGGCGGAUUGCGCAAGGGAUGAAUGGCAAUUGUAGUACAAGCAUAUUAUUUUUUUACCUAUGUUAGCGAAUUUUUAAUCAUUGUAAACAACUUUGUGUCAGUCAUCUUUGUGUGACAAGUUUUAUACCCUGUAAUAAGUCAAUAGAAAUUUGUAUUUAAUUUAUU